GCGCUCUCUUCCAGUUGAACAGAGGGUGUAAUAAAUAAUUCAGUCCCAGCCAGGGGACACCUCAGUCUCUCUCUUCUCCUGUGAAGCCGCGGAGCUGCAGCCUCUACACGGCCUGUGGACGGAGACGCAGACGCGUCUGCUUCCUGCUCCGGAGCGGAUAGAGAGAAUCAACCUUGGAGAAGGACGAAUGCGGGGUUUGUUUUAACGUAUUCAUGACUUCCAGCGGUGGAGGAAGGACGGGGCAGACAGUCAGUGGUGAGACGUAAAUAUUGCCAUGCCCUGCUUCGUGCACAACCUCCUCCGAUUCGUUUCCUCUUAUGAGCUCUGUUUUAGAGGAUAACUGCAGAGGGGACGAAGAAAAUUACGUCGUUGUCGAAGGUCAAUAUUUUGGAGAUGUGAAGUUGUGUUUGGGAUAGGAGGCUGCUGCGGGCCACGAUCUGCACGGUAUACAGCAUCCUGACUUUGCUGUGUCCGUGUUUUCCGGUCGAAUGCCGCAGGCAGCAUCCUCCGAGCUGAGCUUCACCCUCUGGGAUGAGCAAGUUCUCAGAAGCUAAGAACGAGUGGUUCAACUUCUUCAGUUUUUUUGGAGUAUUAAUUUCUAUGCUGUUGGGCAAUUCCCUCCUCUGUGUAACUGCGUGAUAAUGACAUUUUUUCCAUGAGGAGUUUGGAAUUGUAUUGCUUACAGUGCAAGCUUCACAUAUCACCCCCAAACUGCAGGCUUUUAGAAAGAUGUGAUCAGCUGCAGACAUUGUGAUUAGCAAAGAAUCUCAAACAUUCAUCAGACUGGCUUCUGCAUCACUGCUUGGUGGGACCGGUCUUGUAGUUAUCACAGUUCACAUUAAAACAGGACCAUGGGUGCCAAGCAGACCAAAGGCCAGGAACCCGGAGGAGCCAGCCCUCAGCACAGCUGGAAACGAACGCCCACCAAGGAGCGGGGUGACAUCUUGGCUUCCCUCAUGGUGAAGUCAGGGGACCGGCUGAACCGUGGUGGGACGCCGCCGCCCUACCAGCGCCGCAUCGGCAUGAUCCAGGAGAUGAUGCUGAUGGCCAAGCAGGGCAAGCAGGACGAGGCCACAGAGAUGCUCAAGACACUCCGACAGGACCUGGGCAUGGAGUCAACGUCUCUGGAUGACGUGUUGUACCGCUACGCCAGCUUCAGAAACCUGGUUGACCCUAUCACACAUGACCUGAUUAUCAGCCUGGCACGAUAUGUCCACUGUUCCAAGACGGAGGGCGACUCUCUGGGGGCGAUGGAGAAGGUUUGUCGUCAGCUGACCUACCAUCUCAGCCCCCACUCACAGUGGAGGAGACAGGGCCUGCUAAAGAGGAAACCUCAGUCCUGUUUGAAGGCAGUGCUGUCGGCCCCUCUGUCAAGCGGGGCGUUGGAUCUGUCCGGUAUCCCUCUGGUGGCCCGGGACAUGGAGCGUCUGUGUGCAUACCUACAGCGCCAUGCGUCCAUCGUAGUCAGCCUGGAGCUGGGCUUCACCGACCUGACGGACGAGGCGUUUCUUCUGCUCCUGCCCACGCUGGCCGCCCUGCCACACCUGGAGACCCUGGCACUGAAUGGAAACAGGUUGACCAGAGCUGUUCUGAAGGAGCUAACUGACGCCCUGAAGGAUCCCGGCAGUUUCCCUAGCGUGACAUGGAUUGACCUGGGCAACAAUGUGGACAUCUUCUCCCUGCCGCAACCCUUCCUGGUCAGCCUGAGGAAGCGCUGUCCCAAGCAGGGAAACCUGCCCACUAUCCUGGAGUUCGGAGAAAGUCAGGCCAGCGACCCCCCCGAGAGACUGAGGGGGCUCGAGGAAGAGGAGGAGGCGGACGACAACCGAACUGAGAGCAUGGGCGAGCUCCGGUCGGAGGUGGAGGACGAGCUGAAUGGAGAGAUGGAGAUAGAGGAGAUGAUGGAGGAGCUGCUGGACUUUGACAGGGAGGUACAGGGGAAGGAGGACGAGGAUGAGAGCAUGUGGACAGUGGAGGAGCAGAGGAAAGUGGGGAUAAGGAUGGGGUGGAGAGGGGAGGAGUCGGAGAAGGAGGCGCAGAGGAAAGAGCCACGGCCGGGGAGGAGGGCAGCGAUGGCAGACGAUGAUGAUGACGACGACACGCAGAGCCCCUCCUCCCACCGUUCCCGCUCCAGCCAGUCACAACACUCCUAUGCAGCCGUUGAGCCAAUGACAAUGGAGGAAGUCGCCUUAGAUGAGGUGACAGACCAAUCAGACCACUUGACCUGAUUGCUGCUCUCUGCUCUGCUCUGCUUAUGUUUCCCCUCCUGUGUCGAGUCCUGUGUGGAAGGAGGCAAGAGAAGACUUUGUCUCCUGCAGAGGAUAACCGAGUGAGCUCGAGGUCAGACAGGCUGCAUUGUGGGAAGGAUGUAAUCCAUAUGAACAUGCCACUGGAUACUCCAUCCACAGAUCUGAUUUGUGACCAGCCACCAGAGUGUUCAGAUACUGGCAGAGUGACAGUUGAACCCAGGUGACUCUCGGUGACUGUAACAUGAGAAGACAAUCCCCAACAGGACGUCCGUUUUAUUGUAACCAUUUGUUUUUAAAAUAUGAAUAUAUUAAGGACGCUAUUGCAUAGAAUAGACUGAAUAAUUAUAUCACAUGAGGCUUUUAUAUAUAGAAUAUUAUUUUAUUUUUUAUUCAGGUCCUUUCCUCCUGGUAACCCUAGUGAUACCUAUGUGCCUGUGACACGUUCCGUAACUGGUUAAGAGUGUUGUUGAAAGAUUUAAAAAA